CCACUUUAAAGAACAAGAUCUCAUCGAACAACCGAACACUAUCAGACAUUCGGCACCUCCAUCGUCGAACCACGAUUAAUUAACGAACAAACUAUCAUCAAAUCAAACGUAUCAUAAUGCAAUCGCUUCAACAAUUCACUCAAACUCACUUUUGGGCUGUAAGAGAUUACCUUGCACCUGUCUUAAGGGAAUCUAAAUUCAAAGAACACGGUCGAAUCACUCCAGAGGAGUUUGUUGCAGCAGGAGACUUCCUUUGUUAUAAGUUUCCAACUUGGUCUUGGGAAUCUGGUGAUCCAUCCAAACGUCGUGAUUUCUUACCGGAAAAUAAGCAAUACCUUAUUUCAAGAAAUGUUGCUUGUCUACGUAGAGCCUCUCAAAUGGUUUACACAGACGCCGAUGAAGACGCUGAGACAAUGAUGAGUUUUGCGGCCGAAGGAGCCGUGAAGACAGGCGAUGAUGAAGAUUGGGCUGUGACUCACACUGCUCGAACUGCACAAUCUGCUAAAACAGAUAUCGGAGAUAUUCCAGAUGUAGAACCUAAUGUAGCAUCCCUCUCACUUUCUUCUGAUAUCAACGCUCCAUCGAUGCCAGAUGGUGAAGAAGCUAUUCCGAAUAUGGAUGAUAUUCCAGACAUGGAUGAUGAACUUGAAGGUGGCGGUGGGGUUAUUGAGGAAGCUGAUGAUGCGACAGCAACUCAAGCAGCUGCCGACCCUGCCUCCGGAUCUAAAAUUGAAGUUGGUCAGACUAAUCCUAGUAAUCUGGUGAUCGUUCGUACCUACGAUUGUCUUAUCACGUAUGACAAGUACUAUCAAACUCCCAGGAUGUGGUUGAUGGGAUACGAUGAACACAAGAAUCCGUUAACACCCACUCAAACCUUCUCCGACAUUUCCUCUGAUUACGCUCAGAAGACAGUAACGAUCGAACCUUUCCCUCAUCUCAAUGGUCUCAACCUUGCCUCAGUCCAUCCUUGUAAACAUGCUAGUGUGAUGAAAAAGGUCAUUGAACGUAUGGAUGGAAGUUUCAAAGAAGCUCAACAGAAAGCAGCUGGUGGUAAUGUUGGUAGUAGUGGAAAGAAAAAAGGAUGGAUUGGUGGAGUAGUAAAGAAAGCUACAGGUGUAGUGAAGGAUAAAGAGAAAGAAAAGGAAAAGAAGGGUGGAAGUCCUACAGCUGCUUCUCAUGCAGAUGGCCAGGAGACUGAAGUUGAGGGUUUGAGAGUUGAUCAAUAUCUGCUCGUUUUCUUGAAGUUUAUCUCAUCUGUGGUCCCAACAAUCGAAAUUGAUAGCACAACAAGUGUUUAAACAAUAGAAAUCUUGCUUACAUCAGUUCAUCACUUUUUAUUCUUCUCCUCAUCAUGGUUUAUGUUCUUUCUCUCUCAGUUUUUUUUUCUUAACGAUCUUAUACUGGAAUGAUGAGUCCAAUAUUGGUGCCAGUACGAAAUGCAAUUUACGAAGAUUUUCUCAUCCUUAAAUUCAAAUACUUGUCUCUUAUGUAUUUGUUAGUGUUUUUUUUGAUUGAGUGCUUCCUAGUCAGACCAAAUCUUAUUGCAUUGUAUAUGUGCGACUUUUUUGAUACAUACAUUUGUGCUUUGUUGUGAUUGAUUGGAUCAGAAAAGGAAGUUUUAUUUGUCUUGAAGAUUGUGAGGUAGUGCACAAUAUGGGGAGAUGUAGAUUGAAGAGUGUGGACCUGUGUGGACCUUGGCUACAUACUUUUCUUUGCAAGGAAAUUGAAAGAUCGGUUC